CCGAGUACUCACGAUCGCCGCGAGCUUCCGCAGGAUGUGCCCGCGCGAAACUUCGGCAGAUCCCUCGACAAGUUGUCGCGCAACGAUAGCGAACGACGUGACGAGAUCGCUCGAUGUAUCAACGUGAUUAAUUACAGCGCUAAAUUAACAGAAAUUCCACAAAGCGAGCACCGUUCGCUUAAUCGGUUUCGUGAUUCCAUUCACACGGGUAUCGAGAGUAAUUUAUUUGUAAUUAUUGCCCUCGACACUAAAUAUCGCUUUGGACUUCACUGUAAUUCCGUUAGGCAUUAGUUGGAUAUUAAUUUGCGGACGAUUAAUCGACGAUGAAUUAUGAAACGGGCCUCGUAGAUCGAGCGUGCUCGAUAUUCCCGUUCAGAAGUUUCACAGCCCGAGUGUAUAAAACGUUGCGUGCGGAUCUUUCCUCUCGAGUCAGGCUCUCGAAGAGGAUGCCUAUUCAUUAAUCGUAAACGCGAAGACUUUCCUCGCCUGACUUUUUCGCGUAUGCAAACCGGUGGAACGAGAUGCUCACCGGCGUGCAACGGGAAAGCCGUUGAACGCGAGCAUUCGCGGCAGCCCCGCGAUGUUUCGGGAACGAUGAUAAAGACCCCGAAGUAGCGAGACUCCGCGGCUGUUUAGCGGCGAGCAUUUCCGGGACCCGGCGAGCACCCGAUCGAUACCUUUAUCGGGAUCGCCGCCGAGGCCGGUCUAAGAGGUGUUGAGAGUGUGUCGGAGAGGGAAAAAAAACAUGCAGCUACUUUCCAGCUUCAUGGAUCGGCACACGAAGCGAGGAGCCUCCUUGAAAAAAGGAAAGCACGAAUCCAUCGGAGGCGGGAGUCCUUUUGGUAGUUGGCCGUAUUCAACGGGGGGUCCGAUCAGACCCCUUUGCAGUAACGUUGGCGGCGGCGGUGCGGCGGGGGGCACCAACAUGACACCCGACGACCCCGCGCCCGACGAAGAAUUCGCCCUCGCCGUCGCGCAAAAAGCACAGAGAGAUGCAGAGGCAAUCCGCACCGCACUGUAUUUCGGAGUGGUACUCGCGAUCACCUGGAUGAUAGGAGCGGCGGGUCUGUCCCUGGCGUGGCUGGUUCUGAUCCUGGCACUGGCAGCGACCGUCGUUAAGGCGAGGUACUCCCGGCUCCUUCAGAUGGAAUUGCACCACGAGCUGGCCAGGUUACGCAGAAGACGGGCCCUGUACAAAGACGAGACCGCCGAGUGGCUCAGUCUGUUGAUCAACAAGUGGUGGAGAUUUAGCGCUGCCAGUAUAUUUUCCUUGGCGAAGGAACGAUUGGAACCUCUUCUCAAUGAAGCCAAACCCGGCAUACUAGGUCCAUUAGAAUUACGCGAACUCACUCUCGGCGAACAGACGCCGUGCAUCACUCGCGUCAGAACACUCGAUUGCUGCAGCGAUGACGAUCUUCCCAAUGACCAUCACUUCGACCAGACUAAAUUGUCCAUCGAAGCGGACCUGCGGCUGGACUGCGAACAAUUCCGCAUGCUCAUCACCACGCGGUUAUUUGGUAAAGGUGUGGGGAUGGAUAUCGAUCUAGCGGUGGAGAAGCUAUCGCUGUCCGGCACGAUUAUCGUCAAUUUAACACUGAACACGUCGGCGCCGUUUCCACACGCGACAGGACUCAGCGUGAGUUUUCUGGAGAAGCCGGACGUUUGGUUCAGCGUAAGAAUCCUACGAGCAGUGCAGAUGAUGGAGAUGCCGUUGAUCAAGACCUGGAUUCACGCGGUGGUCACCGACGCUCUGGCCAGCUGGCUGGUCGACCCGGGCCAGUUGGAGCUGAACCUGAGGGCGCGGGAGGAACCGGGUCCUGGAUUGGAUUUUGUGACCAGUUCGUUGCCGCAAGGAGUGCUUACCAUCGUCCUGUGCCAGAACGGUUGUUCUGCGAACGUCGCUGAUGAGGUGAGAUGGCUCGUGGUAACGGUGGGCGAUCAAAAACGGAUCACCUCGAACUUGAGCUCAACGUGGACCGAGGACGUAUCUUUCUUGGUCGGGCCGUUAGACAACGAGAGGAUCACCAUCAAGCUGAAAGCGAAACGUCUCAUUAGUACAAUCACUUUGGCGCAGUUCGAGUUAGCGUUAGGAGUCUACGACUGGGAGAAUUUGCAGAUCGUUGAAACCGUAUUACAACAAAAGAAACCGUCCCGCAGUAGUGCUAACAUUCCGAGUAUCAAUGCGCGAUUAGAGUACACCACUCUGCCGCACUUGGACCCCGACUUACCGCAGCCAGAAUUAAUGGCCGAUAAUAUGCAUCUUGCAGGGGUAUUGGUGGUUUACAUUCAUUCCGCUGACAAUCUCCACGGCGAUACUGUUCAGUGUAAUCCUUAUUGCAUGCUGUUCAAUAACCGGAAGAAGGUGAAAACAACGCAUUACAUUUGCUCGACCACGUCCCCGGUUUGGAACUGCAGAGCGCAAUUUUUGGUGCAGGAUUACACGCAAGUGUCGCUGAGCUUCGUCAUUUAUUCAUGGAAUAUAGUAAAAUCGACGGAUACGGACAUGCUUGGACUCGCCAUGCUAUCUCUGUCUCAGGACACAACGUGGAUCGUCAGAAAAGAACUCACACUGAAUGGUUCCAACAUCGCCUCUUCCAUGACUGUCUCCGUGCUGUUUUAUCCUAUCAAGAGUGUACAACAAGUGGUGAACAGUCGCAGAAGCAGCCUAGUUCCAACUACAUUGGACGACGAACCGAAAAUCAAACGGAACAGUCUGCCAUGGAUGCAACAGGCGAAGCUGCUAUUAACGCACAAGGACGUCGAUCCCGCCUCCUCCGAUAUAUCCAGUCUCCUGUCCACCGGAAGCGGCUUGAUGGAGGUAACGUUGUUGCGGGCGAGAGAUCUCGUCGCAAAGGAUUUCAACGGCUUCAGCGAUCCUUUCUGCGAAUUGAAACUGAACAACGAGACGAAAUACAAGAGCAGUAUAAAGAAGAAGACGCUGAAUCCUUGCUGGGACGAGAGUUCCAUCAUGGGCUUGCCGAAGACCGGAGAAGCUUUAGAUAUCCUGUUAUGGGAUCAUGAUACUUUCGGCUUGAAGGAUUACCUUGGGAAAGUAUCACUGACUCUCGACGAUAUCAGAAAGCUGUCGAACAGCGAUCAGUCCCAUUGGUUUCCGCUGAGAGAAACCAAAACGGGAUCUAUAGAGCUGAAAAUUAAGGUCUUGUCGGAAGAAUGCGAGACGCAAAGCACGUAUGCAACCAGCAAUGUCAGCGACAAUUCUUCUCAUCUAAACACCGAGCCUGAUUCCUUGUCGAGUAUCGUGCGAAGGCCUUCCAUGGAAAAAUCUAAAAUACGUCUACACUUGGAUCCGGUUGUGCCACCACCACCUCCACCGCGCACUGUCACCCUCCUGAAGCCAACUACGUCCAACCAGUCCGAUAAAAUCAGCAUCACCAGCAAAGAGUCCAACGAAGUAAACGGGACGCCAAGUUUCUGGAUUCCGAAAGUCAUCACGGAGUCGGUUGCGAGUAAUUCCAUUGACGAGGCCGACGCCGCCAAAGUGAUCGCAGAGAGACGGGCCUCUCAUCACAGCUUGACCCCCAGCCCCGAACAGAGCUUCGGCAAAAAGUUACCGCAGUACAAUAGUUUCCGCAUGAUGAAGCAAAAGGUGAAGAGGGGUUUAAAACUUCGUAGAUUCCGUUCGGAAGUGACUAUAGAGGAUAAGAACGAUAACAAGGGUAUCACGUUGAGCCUGGAACCCAGAGGCGGCGGGGAGGCCGACGCCACGGAGCUUCUUUCGGAAUCCGGUCUAGCUCACGCGGUGUCGCAACCAGACAUGCUGGGUAGAAUACGGCAGCCCAGUCCGCGAUUAAGAUUGAGGCCGAAUGAUUUAAAAAUUGUCAAUGGCACUAGAGAGAAGUAUUCUGGAGUGGAAGGGAAGGUUCUUCAAGCGCAAGGUCUCCACGUAGCGCACAUCGCCCAAUUGUACUGCCGAGUAAAGCUUCAAACGAGCACCAGUCCGGAUAAGAUUGUCUCGCCUAACGGCGGUAAGACCAUCGCGAAAUCACGACUCCUGCCAGCUAUGCCUAAUCCUCAGUUCAGCAUAGAUUUCCAUAUAGACGGCGACGGUGUACCGAGGCAGGCGUUACUGCUAUUUGAGAUCAGGAGCGCCAGCAAGGAGCUGCUGGCCAGUCGACGUAUAACUCUACACGAAUUGCUAGGUGUAUCUGCAGCUAGCGACGAAAUUCACACGUGGUUGGCGCUGAAUAACGGCGCAUCACUGGAAGUACAAAUCGCUCACGGAAAAGAGCUUAAGAAUAAGUCGUCAAAAAAGUUGUUCCGUUCUUGGUCGGUUCAUCGGAUAGGGAAAAUAUGAGAGCUAAAGAAAAUGAGAUGCUGCAGUUGUGUAUCUAUUUAACACUCAUUCAUAAAAUCACAAGAUCUUCUCUUCACUCGUUUCUCGGAAUAGAAUUUAAUUUCGAGAACGCGAAUUCCGUCAGCGUUCAUCGCAUUAAUGAGGAGUGGAUAAAAAUCCUUAUUAAGGGGAUGCUGGAGCCGUCUGUUUUACCGGCAUUUUUUGUCGGCACGUAGCGUCGUAUUAAUUUGACAGAAUU